AUGCUUGCCAUGCUUCGUUGUUUUCCCAACAAGGACUACAUGGCGGCAGCAGUCUUCCAACCAGUUUCUUGCAACCGCGUGAAGGAUCUCAUUCGAAUUGGUGACCAGGAAGUUGUUUGGCAGGAAUCCACCAAAGAUAGACCAUUGGGCAUGUCCAUAGAACCCUACGGUCUCAGUGACUUGGACUUCAAAGGUACAGCUCUAAGCGCCAUAAACUUACAGCUGGAUCUCCCUCUGAAUGCAAAGCUCCUGGAUGCUUUCGCCUUCGCCGGUCUCCCUAGUUUACGGGGCCUUCGUGCAUGGAGACAAUCGCUCGCCCUUGAGUCCUGCAGCCUGGCUGGCCUUCCCAAACUCGAAACUGUGGUACUCAACUGCUCGUCCACUUUCAACAACUUCCUAACAUUUGGAGAUUCCUUUAAGUCCCUGCGACUUGUAGGCUGUCGAGAUCUGCCUAUUCAGUUCGUGUGCACGCGCUGUAAGCAGCAGCCGAAUACGAAUGUUCUCCGUAUUUUACCGGGGCCUCCGUCGGCCGAGAGUCAGAUCAUUUUUGAGACGGUGCCCCCGGAAGGUGAUGGGCGAUUGCCGGUGGGACAAUGUAUCCCCGGCGUUUGCUCGGACGAGCACCUCUGCAGGAACAAUUAUGCCCUAAAACUCAGCAAGGAAUUUACCCUGAGACAAAUGUCUGCUGAGCUACAACCCCCAGUCCCCGACCUCCCUGCAAACACAACUGGUUAUCAAACAAUCUUCGGCCUAUUGGACUCCACCAACAGUUCGCUUGGCCAACUGGCAAUUCUUAUUAUCCUUCCGCUCGUCUUGCUGAUCCUCCUAAUCUCUGCUCUGGUAUGUGCCUGCCUCCUUCUGAGAAUGACGGGCUUCCUGGGCGGCACAACCCGCGUAACUCGAACCACUCAGCUCCCUGUUGGUACUCAACCGCCAAAUGCUGUCUACAGCCAAAUUCCGGCAAAACUCUAG